AUGGCCACCCAGAUUGCCGACCGCAGCAACGCUGGCAUGAGUUUUACCAGCGACGGAAGCGCACCCGAACUAACAAAGCUGGAGGUUACACGGAUGGCUUUGGCGCAGGAGCAGAAGAAGCGCAUUGAUGCUGCUGUUGCGCGAGUUACCGGUAAGAAGGAUGGCGGUAAGCGGAAGAAUAUGGGCUCGUCGGACGCCAGCCACCGUACCAAAAAGAGCAAGACAGUUGUUGAUGUGGGAAGUGAUGCAGUGGAUAAGAAGAAUUCGAUUGCACGUAGGAUGGUGAACAGAUUUUCGGCCAUGCCUGAGCCCGAACACGAAGAAGAAGCCGCGCAAGAACUUGAACCCAUGACUCGCUCAGUGCCCACGACGCAGUUUGUGGCUCCAUCUACAAUGACUGUCACUCUUCCAGACAGCGCUCCACGUGAGGCGACUGAGAAGAGAAUGAGGACUUCCAAGCUUAAGAUGGCGAAAGAAGAAGCAAAAAAGACGCUUGAUGCUGAAGAUACUGCUACUGCUACGAACGAAGAUGAACAGAAGGAGGCAAAAGAGGAGAAAGAGGAGAAGGAGGAGAAGAACGACUGGGACGGACCCACAACUAACUAUCAUGUAAAACAGCUUGGUUUAGACGAUAAGGUGGACAUCUAUGCACCCAUAGUUCAGCAGCAAUAUGAUGUCCAACGUGUGCGUGAGCGCACUAAAUACAUGCCCAGUGUUAAAAGCACUAAGUCAUCGAGUGACUCCGAAGCUGAUUCAGAUUUCGUACCGAAGGAUAGACCGAGUAAGGAAAUUGAAGAAUUAGACACUUUGCCAAUCUCCGAAGGUAGUGCAAGCGAGACUCAAGCGCUUGCUGGAGAGACUGGAGACGUGGAGGAACAAGUUGCCACCAUGCAGAUGAUUGAAAGCCACCGAACUUGGACUUCAUGGCUAUUUGUUUACAUACCGCUGAUUCUUGUGGCAGUCGUUGUUCUUGGGAUUGCACUGCUAUAUUUGAUUGACUGGUCGCAAGAAACUUUUCAAUUUUGCGAAUUAGAUGCUGAGAGUGCACAAGGUGCUGACGAAAUUUUUUCAUGCUCGUCAAUUGCGAAGACACUUUCGCUGAUCAAGUUUACGAUUCGAGAAACUGUACAGACGGCCCAGGAGGUAGUGUUGUCGUAUCUCAAGUAA